AUGGAGCAGAGACCCGUGAAAGCGCCCAAGCUGGCCUGGGGGGAAGAGGAGGAAGAAGGCCCUGGAACUGCCCCAGCACAUCAAACCAAAGCGGUGGUGCCGUUUGAGCUGCCGCAGGAGGCCCCUCACUUCUGGCUGCGCUCGCUCUUUGCCAGCGACCUGGGCUCCAUCUGCACCACUGUCCCCAAAGCCAUGCACAAUUCCCUCUGGGACACCAGGGACAUCUCCUACACUGGAUGUGCUGCACAGGUGUUUUUCUUUAUCUUCUUCAUUUCAGCAGAGUUUUCCCUCCUGACCGUCAUGUGCUACGACCGCUACGUGUCCAUCUGCAAACCCCUGCACUACAGGACCCUCCUGGGCAGCAGAGCUUGUGCCCACAUGGCAGCAGCUGCCUGGGCCAGUGGCUUUCUCAACGCUCUGCUGAACACAGCAAAUACAUUUUCCCUGCCCCUGUGCCAUGGCAACGCCCUGGGCCAGUUCUUCUGUGAAAUCCCCCAGCUCCUCAAACUCUCCUGCUCACACUCCUACCUAAGGAACAUUGGGUCCAUGGUGUUUUCCAUCUCUUUAGCAUUGUGUUGUUUUGUGUUCAUGGUUUUCUCCUAUGUGCAGAUCUUCAGGGCUGUGCUGAGGAUCCCCUCUGAGCAGGGACGGCACAAAGCCUUUUCCACCUGCCUCCCUCACCUGGCUGUGCUCUCCCUGUUCCUCAGCACUGCCACAUUUGCUCACCUGAAACCGCCCUCCAUGUCCUCCCCAUCCCUGGAUCUGGCCCUGUCAGUUCUGUACUCGGUGGUGCCUCCAGCCCUGAACCCCCUCAUCUACAGCCUGAGGAACCAGGAGCUCAAGGCUGCAGUGUGGAGACUGAUGACGGUAUGGUUUCAGGAACAUUAA